AGCCAUUUUGGCUCAAGCCGCUCUGGCUCAAAACGGUGAGAAGAAGAGCAACAGGGCCAGCCCCGCCUGGGUAGCUUCUGGCCGGAGGCCGCCUCCGCCGCCGCCAUGUCCCAUCGCAAGUUCGAGCAUCCCCGGUGCGGCAGCCUGGGCUUCCUGCCGCGCAAGCGCACCAACACCACUUCGGCAAGAUCAAGAGCUUCCCGAAGGACGACGAGAAGAAGCCGCCGCACCUGACCGCCUUCAUGACCUACAAGGCUGGCAUGACCCACAUCGUCCGCGACGUGGACCGGCCGGGCUCCAAGCUGCACAAGAAGGAGGUGGCCGAGGCCGUCACCAUCCUCGAGGCUCCUCCGAUGAUCGUUGUCGGCUUCGUGGGCUACGUGGAGACGCCGCGCGGCCUGCGCGCGCUCACCACGGUGUGGGCUGGCCACCUGAACGAGGAGUGCAGGCGCCGCUUCUACAAGGCGUGGCACAAGUCUAAGAAGAAGGCGUUCACCAAGUACGGCAAGAAGUGGGAGGAUGCCGCCAAGGCCGGGGGUGACGCCCCCAUGGCGGCGGAAAUCGCGCGCGCCAAGAAGUACUGCCAGGUCAUCCGGGCGAUAUGCCACACCCAGGUCACCAAGGUGAAGAUUGGUGCGAAGAAGGCCGUCAUCAAGGAGAUCCAGAUCAACGGCGGCACCACCGAGGCUAAGGUCGACUACAUCAUGGGCUUGUUCGAGCAGGAGGUGAAGGUCGCAGAUGUGUUCAAGUCGAGCGAGAUGGUCGACUGCAUCGGGGUCUCGGCUGGCCGCGGCUUCAACGGCGUCGUCACGCGCUGGGGCGUCACCCGGCUGGCACGCAAGUCCCACCGCGGCCUGCGCAAGGUCGCGUGCAUCGGCACCUGGCACCCAGCGAGGGUCCAGUUCCAGGUGCCUCGAUCCGGCCAGAAGGGGUACGGACACCGGACAGAGAUCAACAAGAAGAUCUAUCGCAUCGGCAAGAACGUCAAGGAGGACCCCAACAGCGCCACGACCGAAAACGAUUUGACCGAGAAGGGCAUCACCCCCCUGGGCGGCUUCUCCCACUACGGCGAGGUGAAUGAGGACUGGGUCAUGGUGAAGGGCGGUGUCGUGGGCACUCGCAAGCGCGUGAUCACGCUCCGGAAGUCGCUGCUGCCGCAGGUGAGGCGCAAGGCGCUGGAGGAGGUCUCCUUGAAGUUCAUUGACACGUCGUCCAAGAUGGGCCACGGCCGCUUCCAGACGGCAGAAGAGAAGGCGAAAUUCUUCGGCACGGCGAGCCAGCCGGCCAAGAAGGCCAAGAAGGAGAAGAAGGACGAGACCGAGGCCCAGGAGGCGUGAUGAGGAGGCCUGGCUGGCAAGCUCCUCCUCCCGCGCUUUGCCUCUCCUCCGGUCGGCCUGUAGCACCCUCCCUCGGCUGCAGCAGGCGGCCGGACCAGAGGCUCUCUGGAGGCGCUGAGGCGUGGCGGAGCCCCCAACAACAUCCGUC